AGGCCGCUCACGAGGUUCUUCCUUUCUCAGGCACCGACGUCUGCGUGCGUGAACCCGUGGCCUGGAUGGACUGGUGGAUUCUUUCAAAAUUCUUAUAAAUUCGGUGAUUUGAGUAGACAAGCAAACCAUCAAGAUGCCGGCGUACUUUCAGCGCCCAGAGAAUGCUCUGAAACGAGCGAAUGAAUUUCUGGAAGUUGGCAAGAAACAACCUGCAUUGGAUGUUCUGUACGAUGUCAUCAAGAGCAAGAAACAUCGAACAUGGCAGAAGAUCCACGAGCCCAUUAUGCUCAAAUACCUGGAGCUUUGCGUGGAUCUUCGCAAGAGCCACCUGGCAAAGGAGGGUCUCUACCAGUACAAAAAUAUCUGCCAGCAGGUGAACAUAAAAUCUCUCGAGGAUGUGGUUAGAGCUUACUUGAAGCUGGCGGAGGACAAGACCGAAACGGCUAAAGAGGAGUCUCAGCAGAUGGUCCUGGACAUCGAAGAUCUGGACAGCAUCCAGACUCCAGAAAAUGUGCUCCUGAGUGCUGUGAGUGGAGAGGACACUCAGGACCGUACUGAUCGUCUUCUCCUAACUCCAUGGGUGAAAUUUUUGUGGGAGUCCUACCGCCAGUGCCUGGACCUUCUUCGAAACAACUCCAAGGUGGAGCGCCUUUACCAUGACAUCGCCCAGCAAGCAUUCAAGUUUUGCCUUCAGUACACCCGAAAGGCAGAGUUUCGCAAGUUGUGUGACAACCUGCGGAUGCAUCUGGGUCAGAUUCAGCGACACCAUAACCAGAGCACUGCCAUCAACCUGAACAACCCUGAAAGCCAGUCCAUGCACCUGGAGACGCGCCUGGUGCAGCUUGACAGUGCCAUAAGCAUGGAGCUCUGGCAGGAAGCAUUCAAGGCUGUUGAGGACAUCCAUGGUCUGUUUGCUCUGUCCAAGAAGCCACCCAAACCGCAGCUAAUGGCCAACUAUUACAACAAGGUGUCAACUGUGUUUUGGAAGUCUGGAAAUGCACUUUUCCAUGCUUGCACCCUCCACAGGCUUUAUCACCUCUCCAGAGAGAUGCGCAAGAAUCUCACACAAGAGGAGAUGCAGAGGAUGUCUACCAGAGUCCUCCUGGCUACUCUCUCCAUUCCUAUCACCCCUGAGCGCACAGAUAUCGCUCGGCUGUUGGACAUGGAUGGUAUCAUUGUGGAGAAACACCGCCGCCUGGCAACUCUCUUGGGCCUGCAGGCGCCACCUACCCGCCAAAGUCUGAUCAAUGACAUGGUGAGAUUUAACUUGUUGCAAUAUGUAGUACCUGAAGUAAAAGAACUUCACAACUGGCUUGAAGUCGACUUUCAUCCUUUGAAGCUGAGUGGAAGAGUAACCAAGGUGCUGAAUUGGGUGAAAGACCAAGGUGAGAAGGAAUCUGACCUUCAGCACUAUGUCCCUCACCUGCAAAGUAACACCAUCUUGCGUCUCCUGCAACAAGUCGCACAGAUCUAUCAGAGCAUUGAGUUCAGUCGUCUGGCCUCCCUUGUUCCAUUCGUGGAUGCCUUCCAGCUGGAGCGCUCCAUUGUUGAUGCUGCCAGGCACUGUGAUCUGCAGGUUCGAAUUGACCACACCUCUCGCACACUGGGCUUUGGAUCGGACCUUAACUACUCAACUAAGGAGGAUGCUCCACUUGGUCCUUUCUUGCAAAACAUGCCCUCUGAACAAAUAAGGAACCAGCUGACUGCUAUGUCUGCCUCUUUGGCCAAGGCCCUGCAGGUCAUCAAACCUGCCUCCACACUGCAAGAGCGUGAGGAGCAGAGCCAGCAGGCCAUAGCUGCUUAUCUGAAAAAUGCCCGCAAAGAUCAUCAACGUAUCCUGGCUCGCAGACAGACCAUAGAAGAGCGCAAGGAGCGCCUGGAAAGCCUAAACAUACAACGUGAGAAGGAGGAACUAGAGCAGCGGGAAGCCGAGAUGCAGAAGGUUCGCAAAGCAGAGGAGGAGCGCCUACGCCAGGAGGCUAAGGAGAGGGAGAAGGAGCGCAUUAUGCAAGAGCAUGAGCAGAUCAAGAAAAAGACGGUGCGAGAGCGGCUGGAGCAAAUUAAAAAGACUGAACUGGGAGCCAAGGCCUUCAAGGAUAUUGACAUUGAGGACCUGGAGGAGCUGGAUCCCGACUUCAUCAUGGCUAAGCAAGUGGAGCAGCUGGAGAAAGAGAAGAAGGAACUGCAAGAGCGCCUGAAGAAUCAGGAGAAGAAGAUUGACUACUUUGAGAGGGCAAAACGACUUGAGGAAAUUCCUCUUAUUAAAAAGGCAUAUGAGGAGCAGCGAAUCAAGGACAUGGAACUCUGGGAGCUCCAGGAGGAGGAACGGAUCAGUAACAUGAAAGUAGAACGGGAGAAGGCCUUGGAGCACAAAAAGCGCAUGUCUCGCAUGAUGGAGGACAAGGAAAACUUUUUGUCCAAAAUAACUGCUGCUCGAAGCUUCAUUUAUGAGGAGAAACUGAAAGCAUUCCAGGAGCGCGUCGUGGAGGAAAGGAAGAAUCGUCUUGAGGAAAGGAAGAGGCAGCGUAAAGAAGACAGACGUAAGGCUUUCUACCUCCAGAAAGAGGAAGAAGAACAGCGGAUCCAUGAGGAACAACUCAAGAAAGAACGUGAGGAGCGUGAGCGCAUUGAACAGGAGCAGCGAGAGGAGGAGGAGAGAGAGUAUCAGGAGCGCCUGCGCAAACUGGAAGAGCAGGAACGGAAACAGCGUGCUCGUCAGCAGGAGAUCGAAGAGCGCGAGCGCCGUCGUGAAGAGGAGAGGCGCAUCCCAGAUGAGAAAGCAAAGGACUGGGGUGAAAAAGAGGAGGGAGGAUGGCGGAAGCGCACUGAAGGGGAAUCAGAGUGGCGUCGUCCUGUAGCUGACAGGGAUUGGAGGCAAGAGGGUCGUGAUGAUGACAAGGAAAGAGAGGCUCCACGUAGGGGCGGGGAUGACAAAGGACCUCGUAGGGGCUAUGAUGAUGAUCGAGGUCCACGUCGGGGUGGAGAUGACGACCGUCCAUCCCGCAGAGGGGUGGAUGACGACAGGGGCCCACGCAGAGGUUUUGAUGACGAUCGCGGUCCCCGGCGUGGCUUUGACGACGAUCGCGGCCCCCGGCGCGGCUUUGACGACGAUCGCGGCCCCCGGCGCGGCUUUGACGAUGAUCGCGGCCCCCGGCGCGGCUUUGACGACGAUCGCGGCCCCCGGCGUGGCUUUGAUGACGAUCGCGGCCCCCGGCGCGGCUUUGACGACGAUCGCGGCCCGCGGCGCGGCUUUGACGACGAUCGCGGCCCCCGGCGUGGCUUUGAUGACGACAGAGGUCCACGUAGGGGCAUGGAUGACUGGGGAGCAAGAAGAGGGGGCGAUGACAACAGAGGUGGAAGAAGAGAUGAUCAUGAUCGUGAUGACCCCUCACCCUGGAAGCCUCUCGGUAGACCAGUGCAAGACCUGAAUGUUUGUCGAUCAGGUGGUUGGCGUGAGCGGGAAAAGGCUCGGGAGGAGAGCUGGGGGCCUCCUCGUGGCGGUACCAAUGAUGACCAUGAUGACGACGAGAGAGAGGAACGUCCCAAUGACCGCUUCAGGGACCGUCAACGAGAGGACAAUGGCUGGAGGAGAUCAGAAGAAGGAAAGGGCAGUUGGAGAGAUUCUCGCCGAGAGGACACUGACCGUCGUGGCAACCGCGAUGAUCGCGGCGGGGAACGUGAUGAUCGCCCACGUGACGGAGCUCGCCGUGAUGAUCCUCAGAAAGCUCCUCCGAGAGAGCCGAAUGAUGGAGGCACUUGGCGUCGUGGUGGUGAAGAAAGGCGUGAGGAACGAGACAGGCCCAAGGAGCGCGAGCAAGACAAAGAUGCUGAAGGAGAGAAGAACUGGCGUGCAGACAAAGACGCUCGUCGCACUAAGAACGAAACCGAUGAUGAUGGCUGGACCACCGUCCGCCGCUGAGUGCCAACAUCUGUAACUUGGCUCCAAAUAUGAUGGAAAGACAAAUUAGAUUAGCCUUUGGUAAUUGAUUCCUCCUUUAGCUCCAUUUAAGCUUCUGAUACACCGUGUAUUAUUCAUUUUCAAAUUCAGUGUCAUAACUCAUUUUUUCUGGGGAUGGAUAUUCUUUUUACUAUUAGUUGACUUUCAGCAGUUUGGAAAACUUGAGGCCUCAAGCAAACCGUCGCCGUAGACAUGACGACCACCAUGGAUAGGAGUCUUAUCCAUGUUAUCAUAGCAUAUUGGACAAUAUAUCAACCUCAGUUCUCAAUGUAAACUCAGUGAAUCACCAACUGCCUCUUUUAAACUGUUAACUUUCGCAUUGGUAUUGUAUGAUGGCACUCUUAUACUAAUGCCAAGCGCUUGGGAAAAUAUCAAUUUCAGGUGAUAUUAACAUGUUACAUGAGUGAAAUACCCAUUUUGAAAUGUGUGCUUCAAAUAUUAAAUUUGUCUCAUCUAAGAGUUUUCUGCUUCUCUCGCUGCAGUGACAAUGGCGUUAUACCAGAUUGCAUGUGAACAGAUAAAGCCUUUAUUAAAAUAGUUUGACCUCCA